UUUUUUUUUUUCUUCUUCUUCUUUAGUUGGACUUCUAGAACAUGGCAUCACCUAAUCACCCCGCUUUUCCCCUCUCCAACUUUUAUGAAGUUGCCCUGCAUCUUCUGCCUUAUCAACUUGCCAGUUACCGGGAUGCUAGGUCGCUUUAAUUGAUAAGAUAGGCCUCCGAAAACUUAUGAUGUCAUGAAUGACAUACGUAAUGCCCACGUCUCCGUAUAACAGAUAACAGUUAUCGUAGUAUUAUCGUGAAGUUGAUUUGACCGGCAUAAGAAGCUCGUGUUGCUGGGAAAUGUGAGAAUCGAAUAAAACUGACACAUCCUGAUGUAUUAAUAUUCAUGCAGGCUGCGAUAAUGAAUAUUCGGAUGGGUUGCGUAACAAUUAUCAAUCAAUAACUAAUAUUUCUCAGUGACGUUGACAUAAUACCAGGUACCUAACCUAAGGUUAGGUACUUAACGUCAAUUUGCCCCUCCGAAAAAGAAAAAGCGUCUUUAGCACCUACUGAUGAUGCACUUGACUUGACGUACUUUUAGGUCAACUGAAGGCGCUGAAUUAUACGAGGUUCCAGUUUUCCCCGCUUGUUCCCAGGCAGCCAGCUAGGCUACGGCAAGUACCUAACAAUACCUACAAGUGCCUUACUAGGUGCUAAACUCAUUUGUAAAGCAAUUUAUUUAUUCGAUUUACUUUUUAGCGCUUCUUCUUUGAUCAACAUGCUCGACCUUGACCUUGUUGACAUUGUAUUAUUUCUUCUAAUUUCAAUAGUAUUCAGUUCUCAGCUUCUAGGUAUUCAUACCACAGCUGCAGAUACCGCAGGUACUCCAAAUACACCUAACAUGCUUAAUCCAAGAGGAAGAAGACGUCCUUUAAUACCACUCUUGAAUCGUCACCAGCCGCCGCGUGAAGAGCCGGCAAUGUUCGCAACUUUCUACGAAGUUAAACCGCAAGAUAUCGUCGAGGUCAGAGAGAUCUUAUUGAAGACUAGAAACCUGCCUAUCGAACUCGUUGAUAUGAUUUUAGACCGCGCCGAGUAUUGGGUUUGUUCCUCUACAACUACUCAAGCUGUUUCCGGCGGGCCAGAUUGCAUUAAUAUCCACGGUGCUCGAGGAGGAGAAAGCCAAUUUCUGCUUCGCACUAAGCCGCUUGGGCUCACUAAAUGGUUACCUUCUAGCCAGGAUCUCUGGAGAGUAGAGGCUACUCCUAAGCAGCUCGAGAAGGAAUACCCCGAGUCUGAUCUACAACAACUUGCAGAGGGUCCUCUGCCUACGUUACAGCAUCCAUUUAGAAAGAUUGUGUUUGAAAUUGAGAGUUGCGACCAGGGUUACAGUAACCAUAGCGAACAUCAUGGAACUUAUCGUAGCUCUUUUACCUGGUUCGAGGCGGGAUUAGAGCGUUUCGAUAUGAACAAUCAAUGCCAGCCAGAUUGUCCAGACCAGAAAACCAAGGCCGAUUCAAGCGACUUAUAUAUCCCAACCUGCGCGAUACGUCCCAUUUGGCCCCGUGUGGUACAUGACCAACCAACCGGAGCUGGUAGUCCGCGGUACGAUCAUAGCUUGCUUGCUGAUAAAAGCCACGAGAUACAGCGAAAUAAGCACGCCGUGAGUCAAAUGCAACACCACCGCGUUGAGUGGUACUACAACGACAGCAUCAACCCGGAAUCUGCGGAGGCUAAAAGCCUAGACGAAAUUGGUCGGGGACCAGGUACGGGUAACGGUGAGUUUGUUAGGAAUUUGAAACUCGGCGACAUGAUUACUGUCUGGGGCCACGCGAGGUUUCCAGGAUGGAUGAACAGCGUCAAAAAGGUCGAGGUCAAGGUUUAUUGGACGAUAUAAUUAAUGCGUGCCUUUUUCGAAAUUGAGGUAGGGCAACAUUGGCGUUUAUGUUCCGCUUUCUUUAGAUAUCCCCUACGGUCCUUUCAUGCCUCACCUCAUCCCACCUAGGUAUUUAAUAAAAAUCGAAUGUUUGCUAUAUCGCGAAGC